AUGGCCAGCCCAUCCCACUCCGACUGGGUCGCUGAGAAGCCAGCCCCCACCGACUUCAUUGCCCGCAUCGGAUGCGAUGAGCACCUGAUCACCAACGGCAGCGCAACCAUUGACGGCGUCACCUACGUUGUUGACCCUCUCUACAAGUUCCGUGCCUGGGAUCCCGAGACCAACCCGGCCGCCCCGACUGGCUCCUGUCGCGUCAAGCCUGGUCGUGAGUCCAUCCGAGAGGACAAGCCUCUCUACACCAGGAACAUGACCGCCACCGACUGCGAGGUCCAACGCUGCAUGUGGGAAUUCAUGAGGCCAGUUGACAUGGUGGUCAUCCAAGAUCCCAGCGACCACCACAAUGACGUGUUGACCACCUACACCACUCGCCACCCCAUGAUUCCUCACAACCAUAUCGUCACUCACAUGCACCCUGGUCCGGAAACCAUUCUUGUCGAAUCCUCUCGCGUCACCAUGACUGAAUCGACCUACACCACCCACAUCAGCACAGCUCACUGGGGUGUGUACGGUGACAGCGUGACCUCCGUGGUGCAUCCCGGCCCGGGACAGGCCUCGAUGAGUCCUCCCCGCCACGCGCUCACCAAGACUGCGUGGGUCUAUCUCCCCGGGUAUCCGGUAACAUUUCCAGAGUAUACGACACACGUCACGGCAUGGCAACCACCAAAAUGUACGUCGCUGGACAGUUGCUUCGACGCCUGUUCUGUCGACAGGGCGGUCGAAGGCCACUCUCACAGCAAAGCAGACAUGAUCGGCGGCAUCGCAAUUGCGGUUGGAACACUCGUAUUCAUCCUCCUGGCGCUCUGUGUGAAAGCUCUUUGGGACCGUACCAGACGCACUCGCACUCAAGCCGAUCGAUCGCGAAUCAAUGCUCAGGCCCGUCAGGCCGCCGCUUCUGAUAACGACCCAGCCACCACCACCGAGCCGAUGUCGGAGAACGUCGCCGGCCCAGCUGCUGGCACCCUCUCACGCCGCGCCGAGGAAGGCCGUGGCCAGGUCAGCUUUGCCGAGCCAGUGGAGCAGGGCGGCGCCGUCACGACAGCUGGCGCCGCGAAUGACUCAACAGCUGGCGCCGCCUCCACCACAGGCACCACCGCUGGCAUCACGAAUGCGGGCGAAGCAUCCACCACCCAAGCCACCGACCACGCCACCGGCUCCGAGCACGCAGAGCACACCGAGCACACCGACCCCGUCCCCGUCCACGACGGCGCCACCGGCUACAACGCCACCAACAACAACGGCAAAGGCACGCUCCGCGGCCGCCGCCCCGGCCGCUCGGACAUCUGA